AUGAAGAGUGAAUUGAAGAGGAAUUACUCAGAGUUAACAGAAUUCAUCCUGUUGGGAUUCAGAGCUUCUCCAAAGUUUCAGGUCUUCUUAUUUUUAGUGUUUUUGAUUAUCUACAUGGUCACUGUGGCAGGGAAUGUCAGCAUGAUAACUGUCAUUAAGAUGGACUCCAAACUUCAAACACCUAUGUAUUUUUUUCUUAGAAACUUGUCCUAUUUAGAUCUCUGCUAUUCUACAGUCAUUGCUCCCAAAACCUUAGCCAACUUUUUGACAACUGAAAAGAAAAUUUCCUACAAUGGUUGUGCUGCCCAAUUCUUCUUCUUUGCUUUGUUUGUUACAACUGAAUGCUUCCUUCUUGCUGUCAUGGCAUUUGAUCGAUUCUCAGCAAUUUGUUCCCCUCUCCUUUACCAUGUGCACAUGUCCCAAAAAGUCUGUGUUCAGUUAGUAACUGGCUCCUAUAUCUGUGGGUGCAUCAACUCCAUGAUACAAACAGGAUUCACCUUCAGCUUGCGUUUCUGUGGAGAAAACAGGGUGGAUCACUUUUUCUGUGAUGUCCCAGCUCUCAUCAAAAUCUCGUGUGUUGAUACCUUUGUGAAUGAAAUUAUUGUGUUGUUUAUUCUCUCUGCUUUCAUCAUCAUCUCCACCAUCACUAUCAUUCUGGUUUCCUAUGCCUACAUCAUUUCCACUGUCCUGAAGAUCCCCUCCACCCAUGGUAGGAGUAAGACCUUCUCUACCUGUGGCUCUCACAUAGCAGUGGUGAGUUUAUUCUAUGGAACUGUGUUCUUCAUGUAUGCCCAGCCUGGGUCCAUCUCCUCCCCAGAGAAAAGCAAGAUNGUAGCUGUUUUCUACACACUUAUCAUCCCAAUGCUGAAUCCUCUGAUUUAUAGCUUAAGGAAUACAGAGGUAAAAAGUGCUUUGAAGAAGNCAUUGCUGAGGAAAAUACCCUGGCACUGA